GACGUCUGGCGAAAGUGAUUUUCUGUUUGAUUUCACAGCAUCGUAUUUAUUUAAUUAGAAAUAAUAAAAUAAUUUGGGUAAAAUUAAACGAGACCAUUAAAAUUAUAAGCUCAAGGACUCUUAAAAGCGUAUUAACUAAAAGCAAAGUGUUGAAAUUAAAAAAGAAAUCGAGAAAAUAACAAUAAUUGUUGUAGGAAAAAAUAGAUAAUUUGCAAAACUCGUUCGCCAUCCAGACUGCAGAUUUCUUUUUUCGGUUGGUCGAUUGGUAGAACAACGUGACGCAAGUAAAGUUUUCAAAGGAAAAUAAAAGAUCAAUUGCAAAGUCAGCAGUGUCUGUUGUUAAUGUGACAAGAAAAAGGAAGGCACACAAAGCCCCCAACACCGCAACCCCCUCCUUUUCAAAAAACCAAAGGUGUGUGUGUGAGGUUUGGCCAAAGUUCUACUAACUUUUUGUGGAGACCUUAAAAACACGAAAUAAAACAACGGAACUCGUUGCCAGAAUGUGUGAGUGUGUAUGACAAAUAUUGGAAACAACAACAACGACAACAAUUGUACGAAGAAGGAAUCACGUCAACAACAAUAGCAGCAGCAUCCAUUACCACCGUGCACGUUCUCAAUUUAACAGUAAAUUUUUAUAAUUACAAGAAAACCCAACAAUAAAAUAACUAUUGCAAAACAACAACUACACAAAAUAAUAUAAAAAAAGUGAAAAAUGUCAACCCAAUAAAAAAUAACAAAAACAAAGAACAAUAAAUAGAGACUAAAUCGUCAUUGCAGCCAUCAUCUCGUAUUAUCGACGACAACAACGUAAAAUUUAGCGUUGUCAUUGUGUUUUGAUCUCUGCCAAUAAUAAAAAACAAAUGACCAACAUAUAAAAUAUAUAUAUAUAUUUAUAUUAUAUUUGGUGCAAAAUAAUAAAAAAAAAGUACAAGAAAAAUCAAACAAAUUGCUUCCUCGUUUAAAAUUGUGCGUGUGUUUACAUUUUUUCAAAACUUCGCAAAACUUAUUUUAAAAAAUUACAACAACAAACAAAGUUAAACAUAUUAACAACAAACAGCAGCAUCAGUAUCAUCAAAUCAAUUCCUAAAACAAAUUUCAUUGUGACAACAAUUUGAUAACUGCUUUGAACGAACAGCAUCCCCACGAACUCCCUGUAAUUUGAUUGUCGUACACAAUCGUUUUUGGACACGAUGGCGUGUCUCAAUACUUUAAAAUUAGAAAUAAAAACUUUGGAGAAGAUCUUUACAAAAAAUCACGAACGUUUUCAAAUUCUCAAUUCAAGUGUGGACGAACUCACUUGCCGUUUCAUUGGAAAGAAUGGCAAACGUUAUGAUAUUCAUGCUAAUAUCACGGAAACUUACCCAUCUUCACCCCCAGUAUGGUUUGCUGAGAGCGAAGAAACAAGCGUAACAAAUGCUGUUCAAAUACUAAGCAAUACAAAUGGACGUGAUAAUCAUGUUAUAAAUCAGGUGGGCAUACUAUUACGUGAACUGUGCCGCCUACACAAUGUUCCACUGCCGCCCGAUAUUGAUAACCUGACAAUACCGUUUCAAUUGCCACCACCCAAUAGUGCAUCAUCAUUAAAUCAUCAGCCUGCAGCUCAGCAUCAAAUCGAUGACAUUGAAUCAGAUCAAGAUGACAUCGAAGAUCCAAUUGGCGAUAGUGAACAAGAGAGUGAAGCCGACGAGGAUCUACCAUUGGAAAUGGAUGAUGGACGCAGUACGAAUAAGAAAGACGAAAUGGAAGUGGAACAUUUAGCAACACUAGAAAGACUGCGACAAAGUCAAAGACAAGACUACUUAAAGGGUUCAGUUUCCGGUUCCGUUCAAGCAACCGAUCGUCUAAUGAAAGAACUGCGUGAUAUCUAUCGUUCUGAUUCAUUCAAGAGCAAUAUGUACUCCAUAGAAUUAGUAAAUGAUUCCAUAUACGAAUGGAAUAUACGCCUUAAAUCCGUUGAUCCCGACAGUCCCCUACACAACGACUUGAUUAUGCUCAAGGAGAAAGAAGGCAAAGAUAGUAUUCUCUUAAAUAUAAUCUUUAAAGAAACGUAUCCCUUUGAGCCACCAUUUGUCCGUGUUGUCCAUCCAAUAAUAUCCGGCGGAUAUGUUUUAGUUGGUGGUGCAAUAUGCAUGGAAUUGUUAACCAAACAGGGUUGGAGUUCGGCAUAUACAGUUGAAGCUGUCAUUAUGCAAAUAGCAGCCACAUUAGUUAAGGGCAAAGCCAGAAUACAAUUCGGUGCCACCAAGGUCUUAUCACAGGCUCAAUACAGUUUGGCGAGAGCGCAACAAAGUUUUAAAUCCUUGGUGCAAAUACACGAAAAGAAUGGUUGGUUCACCCCUCCCAAAGAAGAUGGCUAAGAUGACAUGUACAAAUGGGCGUCAAUCCAACAAUAAUAUUUUUGCUGCUUAGUUUUUACUUUAUCAUUUUGUAUGUGUGUGCUUUUUCCCCCCAUCUAAAGUUUUUCUGAACAACCAUCUCUAACUAUAUGACUGACUGACUGAUUGGUCUGUCUGACUGGCUGGCUGGCAUCAUCUCCAUUGUAAUUGUUGUUGUGAUGUGCAUUUGCAUUUGUAAAAUUGUAAACAUGUAUUUAUUUUCUUCUUUUUUUUCCAUUAUAUUUUUGUUUUAAUUUGUACUACAUAUUUCAUCAUUCAUACAUAAUAUUUACAAUUUAUAUGAUCAAAUCAAAUCUCCUCUACUACUCAAAAACUAACCGCUACUACUAUUAAUUACUAUGUAUGUCAUCGUUGUACUCGUCGCUGUCAUCCUCUUCAUCUCUGUUAAACUCUACUUGUAUCAACUUAUGCAGUAGCCGCAGCCAUAGCCGCUGUUAUACAGAUGCCGCUAGUGCAGCAGCAUAAUUUAAUUAAUAAAUAGCAUCAAGAAAUUAAUCUCUUUUUUAUACAUGCAAAUACAAAAACAAAGAAAAUUUUGAAAAUUGGUAAUGAAUGGAAAACCCUGAUCAUGAAACACACACACAAACAAACACUAUAUUAUAUUGCAAAGUAGUUUUGUAGUCUGUAAUUUUGUCGUAAAUAUUUUUAUCAUAAACACAUACAUACAUACUUAUAUAUAAUAUUCGUUUAUAAUUCGUAAAUCCUAAUUAAUUACUAUAUUACAUAUUACUAUUAUUAUUAUAAUUUUAUUAAUAUUUUUAACUUGCUUAAAAAUUUCCUACGCGAUCUGUCUCUCUCUGUCACCCUUAUUCUAUCAAUCUAUAGAUUAUAUGUCCCUAAAUAUGUAAUAUUUUCUGCUUAUUUUUUUUUAUUUGAACAAAAGAAAACAAAAUAAGAAAAAACUUAUAAAUAUACAUAAAUAAAUAAUGAAAAAAGAAAAAAAAAUACUUAAAUUAUAGCGAUUAAUAAUGAAUAUAAAUACAAACAAAUUAAAUUGAAAAAUAAACACAUGGAUUUAUAAUCUGUAAUUAUUAAUUUUAUUAUAAUUGUUUAGUUAUUAUAUUUUUCCAAACGAAACAAACACAAUAUAAUGAUGAUUUUCUUAACUUGUUUUGGGAAACAAUACCUAAUACAUACUUAAAUAAACAAAAUACACUGAAAAUAUCUUUAAUUUUUAAGUUUUACAUAAUAAAAUGCAUAUAUAAAUUUAAAACAAUGCAUACAUUUUAAGUUAAUAUAUAAAUAAACAUCGCAAAUAAUAAAUAAAUAAAAAAUUAUACAACAAACAAAAAA